AUCCCCCGCCAUCUAGUGUUGGCAAACGCAGCUGCGUAGCGAACAAAUAAACAGCUGAUUAGACAGUGGAUAGAAGCAGCAGCUCUAGCCAUUCGCAUGUCGGCGUACCUGCACAUUGCUUUGAAUUUUUGAAUGUGUUCGUUUAUUGCUUUUACUCAUUGUUUUUCGAGUGUUGUUUAUUGUUUUAAUCAAAGUUAGUUGCUCCGCUUGUCAGUUUACAUAAGCAAUCUCACAGGUGGGACUGAAUCUAAUCGGCUCUCCUCUGCCUGGCCAGUUUCCAUCCGCAGCGCUCAGAGUUACUAAGUUUAGUUGACCACUUUUCCGAUUCGGAGACACAGGUGCAUUUUCCGUGACCAGUGCCUCUAAUCCCUGCGAUCUGUUCGGUUUAUGCGCCAUAUAAUUGAUGUGGUUUCCACUGGAGCGUUAACCAAAGCCGAUCACGACUGACAGUUUGCUUUGCCGCGGUUGGGCAACCACUGUCCCUGUCCCCCUGAUAAGCACCGAAAUGUGUCGAAAAUAAGGCUCGUCCACUGCACCAUGGAGCUCACAAUCAAAAUGCAAACAGAGCCGGCUUUAAGCAAUUAAGCAAAUAGCCAAGUUAACACUGCAAGUGGCGACAGAAGCUCACACACUCACCCACAUGGAACAAAACUCACGGGACUGAAUCUUACAGCCCCAAAAAUAAAAUGGAGCAGUGGAACAAUGUGGAGCUGACGAACAUGUCCAAAAAGUCGUACACCCUGAAUCAUGCCUACGAUGCCGCCGAGAAGUUGAACAAGGAAAACACGGCCAAGUCCUCGAAUGGCAAUGGCACCAGUGCCGAUGAAUCAGCAGCUGCAGAUGGCGAUCUCCUCAAGCCCGGAUCGGAUGUGCGCCCAAAAGUGGAGCCCGAGGACGUGGAGAGCCUGCUGCGACGCCUCUACGGGAUCACGAUAAGCGAGGUUAAGGAAAUCGUCGCCUACGACGAUCGCAACUUCUUUGUCAAGGAGGAUAGCAAUGUUAAGAACCCCCUCAUUGUGACCCACUGUCCACACGGAUACGUCCUGAAAAUCCUCAACUCACUGGACUCUAAGAAAGAGGACUUCGUGGAUGCCCAAAACCAGAUGCUGCUUUACUUGGGAAAACACAGUGUGAAGUGCCCACGACCAGUAGCCAAUGCAACAGGAAAGUAUUACUCCGUGGAACGGCUGAAUGGGAACUCGAAUGUGGUGCGACUGCUAGAAUUUAUACCGGGAGAGAUCUUCCACCAGGUGCCGGUGACGAAGCACCUGCUCUACCGCAGCGGCGAAUACUUGGCCAGAUUGGAUCGAGCGCUCAAGAACUUCACCCACCAAGCUUAUGAAACCCACAAGACCUUGUGGAUGCUGCAGAGUGUUCCGGAGCUGAGGCAAUUCCUGUACGUGGUGAAGGAUCAGGAGCUGCGGCUUAUCUGCGACGAGGUGAUCGAUGCCUUCGAAGCCAAGGUUCUGAGCCAACUGCCCUCCAUGGAGCACCAGAUCAUCCAUGGGGACUUCAACGAACAGAAUAUAGUGGUGGAGCAGGUGCCCAAUCAAACUGAAUACACCAUUAAGGGAGUUAUUGAUUUCGGUGAUACGAGCAAAUCGCCACUGAUCUUCGAAAUUGGAAUUGCCCUCACUUAUAUGAUCCUGCAGGCCAACGAUUUGGCCAAUGGUGGCAUAUUUCUGUCCGGUUAUACCAGUCUGAACCCCAUUGAGAACUCCGAGCUGGCCCUUCUCAAGUACUGUGUGGCUGCCCGAUUGGUUCAGAGCCUGGUAAUGGGACUCUACACCCACACGCUGCAUCCCACGAAUGAGUACCUGCUGGUGACCCAGGAAAAGGGAUGGAAGCUCCUCCAGAAGCUGUGGCGCGAGAGCUUGGGCGAUAUUGAUGAGCUGUGGGCAAGCACUGGACACCAGUACUUGACGCAGAGCAAUAAGUAAUAUAAACUUCCGAUGGGCUUUUCCGAUUUUAAAGGUAUUUUAACUGAUUUUCAAUCCAGCUGUUGUGGUUGUUGAAGAUUUCGUAUGUUAUGUUUUCCAUUAGGUAACGAGAGUCAGAUAAAAUUGUCACAGCCAAUAUAUAGAGUAUAAUUAAGCAUUGUGUAAGAUGUUAAAUACAUGUGCAAUUAGCCCCUAAACAAUUUGAUAUUGAGAGGAUCGAAAACGAAAAGACAUCUGAGGAAACCAGAAGCAAUCGAUACCAGGUCCUUGGAAAAUCAAGUGAGGCCUGUUAAAUAAACCCAUUGUCAAUUAUUAGAAUUUCAUUUACAUAUCACCUGUGCACAAUAAGUUGCAAGUCCAAGUAUUGAUUGCAUUUCGUUGCUUUACAAUUUACUUUAUCCUGUAUAUUAUUAUCGUUAUCUUUACAAUAAAACUUGUUAAACAAAUACAAA